AUGAAACAUCUGUUGAGGGACUUAAUCUCUGAGUCUCAAAGUGCGUUCAUCCCUGGUAGAUUAAUAACUGAUAAUAUCCUUGUGGCGGCGGAAGUGGGACAUUACUUGAAUAGGAAACAGUGUGGUUUGGUUGGUUGGGGAGCUCUCAAGUUAGACAUGGCAAAGGCCUAUGACCGUAUGGGGUCAUUUCUCAGGAAAAUGUUAUUGGCAUUGGGUUUUGUGGAUAGAUGGGUUGAUCUGAUUAUGCUUUGUGUAACUACCGUCUCAUAUAAUAUCUUGAUAAAUGGGGUUAGUGGUGGACAGGUAGUAAAUUACCAUAAAUCUAGUGUUUGUUUCAGCAGGAAUACUACUGAGGACAGCAGGGAGGAGGUGGUUGAAGUGCUGGUGUACCACAUGCUCCUAACUUUGGAAAAUAUCUGGGCUUACCAGCCUUUGUAG